GGCGGACUGCGAAUAUAAUCCUGUCCAUAGCAUAAACACAACAAAGCAAAAUCAAUAGUAAAGACUUUAACUAUACGCAUUUUACCGGUUUGCGGUGACGUUGACGUUGAAAUAUAUGCGCAAGAAACGUGUUACCACAGCAAAAAUAAAACAAAAACCAGUCAGUGGAUAUCGAAAGUGAUUGAGGUGCAUGAAACCAGUUAACGAUUACCGUUCCUGCUAUCGGCUUCAGUUGGUAGCUGUCUACCUGUUGUCUUUCUGCGCCACAGUUGUGCUCUUAACGGCGUCAACUGCUGACGUUGGCCCUUUUCUCGUGGCAUUUAAAAUGGUGCAAUAUACGCAAGAGACAUAUCUGUACGAUCCGAAAGUUCUGCUCCAGCUGGACUUUCAUCGUAGCCCAGCCAAAUUUCAGCCAUUCAUCUCGGCUGCUAAUCCGGGUGAGCCCUGGAUGAAGGUGCGUCCCCUUAAGGAUAGCGAUUAUGAUCGUGGUUUCCUGCAGCUGCUGUCGCAGCUUACGCAUGUUGGCAAUGUAUCUCGCACACAGUUCCUCACACGUUUCUCGCAGAUGAAAGCUAGCGGCGAUUACUUUGUCACAGUCAUUGAGGACACCCGCAAGGGAGAAAUUAUUGGAGCUGCUUCCCUGAUCAUUGAGCGAAAGUUUAUACACGAUUGUGCUGUGCGAGGCCGCCUGGAGGAUGUUGUGGUCAAUGACACCUAUCGUGGCAAGCAGCUGGGAAAACUCAUUGUGGUCACCGUAUCGCUGCUGGCCGAGCAACUUGGUUGCUACAAAAUGUCGCUAGACUGCAAGGACAAGCUCAUCAAAUUCUACGAAACAUUGGGUUACGUCCUCAUACCCGGCAACUCCAAUUCUAUGACUAUUCGCUAUGAUGAAGCACCAACGAAACGAAAUGCUACCUCGGCCGGCGUUGUAGCCGCCUCCUCGAGCGAUGCUUGCCAAACUAACUCUCAAUUUUAUAAUUUUUUCUCUCCUUUCUGCUACUGAAUGUGAGGCGCGCCUUUAAAAUAUAAGGUUGUUGUUAUACUUCCCUUCAAGAGCACGUUCAUCAAGUAGCUUUAACUUUCUACAAAUAUAUAUGUGUAUAUAUUAUAUACAAAAAU